UUAUAUUUCCGACUGGCCCUGAACGCAGCAUAGUCUGUACGGAGACAGCGAGCAGCGGCGGCUCCCGGCGGAGCAGCGCGGCGAUUGGCCAGAACGGAGAGGGGGAGGGCUGAUCUCCCCCCACCCCCUGCUCGCCUCACUCCUGGCAGAGGCACUCCUCUCCUCCGCGCCUCCCCUCACCUCUCCUCCCCUCCUAGAGGACAGAGCGAUGCGGAGACAAUAGGACGCAUAGCCGGAGCAGUGUGCAGGAUGCUCGGCGUCUCACAGAGGCUUCUCACCGGACCCGGAGCCCAGGACCAGGACUUUCUCCCGGCUCAGACCCCCAAGUGUGCUCCCCAGCAGCCUGCACUGAUAGGGCGGACUCCACAGCCUCCAUAUGGGAGACAACUGAAGGUGACUCCAGCUGUUAGCUGUCCCACCUGAGCGUCUGCUCCCCAGUUCUGUCCCCUGGUCCGUCCCCUAUAGCAGUCCCUAGCAUGAGUUCCUCUCCGCUGGUGUCUCGAGCCAACAUGGACAUCCUGGACGAGCUGCAGCUGAUCGCAGCCCAGAACCUGGAGAGGCUGGAGGUCAACAAAUACUACGAGGUGAUCCGGGAGCUGGGCAAGGGCACGUACGGCAAGGUGGACCUGGUCAUCCACAAGAUCAGAGGUACAAAAAUGGCUCUGAAGUUCCUGAAGAAGAAGACUACCAAGCUGAAGUCGUUCCUGCGGGAGUACAGCAUCUCUCUGUACCUGUCCCCCUGCCCCUUCAUCAUCAACAUGUUCGGCAUCGCCUUCGAGACGGACGACUACUACGUGUUCGCCCAGGAGUACGCGCUGGCAGGGGACCUCUUCGAUAUCAUUCCCCCACAGAUUGGUCUUCCCGAGGCAGUGGCAAAGCGCUGUGUGCACCAAGUAGCCAUCGCUCUGGACUACCUGCACUGUAAGAAGCUGGUCCACAGGGACAUCAAGCCUGAAAACAUCCUCAUUUUUGACCGAGAAUGCCGCAAGGUCAAGCUGUCAGAUUUCGGCAUGACCCGCCGAGCUGGCUCACCAGUGAAACGAGUGCAGUCGGAACAGGUUAGGGUUUUCAGUCUGUGGCAGAAGAUGUGUAACCUUUCUGCUGUCGUGACAUCAAGGAAGCUUGUUUCCCCAUUUUGGAUCCAGGAUUGUGAAAAGGUGAGUGGCACCAUCCCCUACACGGCCCCGGAGCUCUGCGACGUGUCCCGCCACGAGGGCUUCUGCGUGGACUACAGCACGGACGUCUGGGCCUUCGGGGUGCUGCUCUUUUGCAUGCUGACCGGAAACUUCCCAUGGGAGAAGGCGCUGCCCUCCGACUCCUUCUACCAGGAGUUCAUCCGCUGGCAGAGGAGGAGGACCAACACGGUCCCCUCCCAGUGGAGGCGCUUCACGGAGCAGGCCCUGCGCAUGUUCCGCCGCCUGCUCUCCGUGGAACAGGACCGCCGCUGCUCUGUCAAAGAGGUGUUCGGGUACUUCAGCCACUCCUGGAUGCUGGACGCGGAGAACAACAACAACAACGGGAACAGCAACGGAAACAGCAACAGCAACGGCAACAGCAACAGCAACACCAACACCAACAGCAACAGCAACAGCGCAAGUGGUGGAGAGAGGGUUGGCGGUGGUGGCGGGGAGAGAGGAGGUGCGCGGGGAGAGGGGAACACCACCAUCUCCUCAUCUUCUUCCGGGGAGGAAGACGAGGAGCUGCUUGUGGAGAGGAUGAAGCAGCAGACUUUAUCUCCUCUCUCCCCGCUCUCUCCUCUCUCUCCCACGUCUCCGGUGGCGGCGGAGAGGGGGAGCGGCGGCGGGGCCAAGGGCGGGGGGAUGGAGCCAGGCGGAGGCCACCAUUUUGUGUCCGUCUCCACCAACAGCUCCGUGUCGUCCACCAACAGUUACGACCGAAUGCCGCGGGAAAACAGUUCCCCGGGAGGGCGCAUGCUGGUGGCCACGCCCAUAGAAAUCUGCGUCUGAGUGCGUCAGAACAUUGAUGUUGUCACAGACUCACUGGUGCCAAUGUAUACCUCUCAUCCAACCACAUGCAUGGAAACAAACAGACAAUGUUCUAACACGUAUCCUGAUCUAAACAUCUUGGGAAAGGCAUAGCACAUACAGAAGACUUUACAGAGAGUAUUUGUAGAAUGCAUACAUUCCUCAUGAGGUAGGCUUUUUGGACUCCAAAAGAAGCCCACUUUACUCUUUAAUGUCAGUGUGCAAAUGCCUUUUUUUUAAGCCCAGAGGAAAAUGAAAUAUUGCUUCCUUCACCAUCCGAAAAGACCAAAAUGUAUUUCUAAAAGCAAUACUUCCAGCAAAAAAAGGCAAAUAGAGACCAUGUGGCAGACUGCUGUAGGAUCGCUUCUGAACGAAGCCAAGGGUCAAAGGAUUUGUAUUUUUGAAGAAGACUAUAACAGAGUUCAAGGAAAUACAUGUAAGAUAAAAAAGGAGCGAGCAGUGGUUUUAAAUGUUUUAUGUGUCGGAAAAGUGUGAGUGAAUUUGUUGUGUGUAAUUUAAUUAUUUAUUUUAAUUUAAAUAGACUACUUUUUUCUAUUGUUUGGUUACUCUUUUACCGUUCAACUUCACGUUGUAUUCUGGCAUAGCUGUGCCAAAUCCAUUUGGUUGGCUGCUGUUCACAUUGGAAUAAUACGACUGUAUACGUUUUGACUAUUGUAAUUCAGUACGUCCACGAGCGGAAGCCUCUGAUGUCUUUGUUCUUCAAGUCAAACAUAUCUUCUUCAUUGUUGAAAGACUUUUUUUCUACUCCCUCCCAAAAUUAUAUUUGUAAAGCUUC